AUGGCGCCGCUGACAAACCCCCCUCUAAACCAAACUGCGCCUUCAGACGACCACUUCUCGACCUUUCCCUCCACGGCCGCUCUCCAACUAUCUGCCGAGAACAUUGAACUCCCUCCUUCUCCUCAAUAUGAGGCAUCCGACCUUCCGACCUUGGCUGCACCGGCCUCUCCUCCGAUCGGUCUCGAAUCUCAUUCCAAUGGCAGUGACUAUUUCCAAAGCACCACACCUUCCCGUGCCCGCGCCCAGUCUCCUUCAAGAAGGGUAAGGCCACUGUCGACCGGUGGAAUCAUGGGCUUACCGCCUAUGCAACGAGCCCACUCCUCCCCUGGGGUGGACUCAUCGGGUCGAUACAUCGUCCCUUUUGCUACAAACAGACGACCCUCAUCGCCGCUACACUCAGGACGGAGGCGCAGCCCCUUGAGGUCAGCAAUGGAAGAGACGUACUCAAACUACCCGGGGAUAUCAUCAUGGAGCGGCUUGAACAUUGAACCAAACAUACCGGAGAACGAGGAACUCGAAUUCUCGGGGGAUAUCGAAGCAACCCAACCCUCGCCCAUUGCCUCAUUUUCAAACACAUUUCCCAGAUCACGUCGCCGAAUAGCAAGCCCAUUGCAUCAAAGCGCAAGUGCUCCGUCCCUGCAUGCAAGAGCUGUGAGUCCUAGUUUGUCGGGGAGGACAUCACCGUCACCAUCCUUUGCCUCGCAGAAAUACACCUACGAAGCAUACCCGGCGUAUUCGUUCAGCUCCACAUCCAGUAUGCCCAGCACUCCUACCUCUAUCCGAUCACGGUCGCCAUCUAUCAGCUCUCUUGAAACAAUUGAGGAUACUCCGGACGCCGAAGAGGCAGCCCUUCUUGAAGAUGAAGAAGCAAAGCUGAAAGGUGAAGAUGGCGAAUUAGGUGAUUUGCGAAGAAAACCCUCACUUGAGAGUCGCGCGAGCACCCUUCGAAGCAACAAGGAGAGGAAAAGAUGGUCGGUUUGUGGGGCGGAGAGAAGGGCCGACUUCUCUUUGGAGCCGAUCGAAGAAUGA